AAAGGGUCUCCCCAAGAGCUCAGUUGUCAGAGCCUGAUCCACCUGCUCUGUUGCUCCACAGCCCAAGUCUGUUGAAUCAGCUUUGGAGCCGACACUCCACUCUCAAAGGAAGUAAAGAAUCCAGGGGCCAAAAGGAAAUCUUUGCGGGACACAGAAAAACACUGGCACUGGCUGACUUGGAGAAUCCUGGAAAUUCAAACCAUGAAAGGUUCCCGGCGCCCAAGAAGCCCCAGUGAUUCCUGCACAGUAUCCAGGAGCGACCACGCAGGAGCGAGCAGCUCCUCCAGCACACAAUCAAAUGCCCCCAAACGCCAGAAAGUGGAGGAGCUGGAUCCUCAGCCAGGUGCAGAACCAGCUCCAGUGCAGCCAGGUCCCCAUCACCCUGCACAGCUGCCCCUGGAACCGCUCCAGGGCCCACAGCUUCCCCAGAGGAAGGUGAUCAUCGUGGUCUUGGAACCAGGAAUAGUCCUGCGCCUGAGCCUCGGAGAGGAGGUCCUGGUGCUGGACCCAGAGGGAGCCCUGCAAUUCAGCCUCCUCAAUGUGCUCCUCCUGGUGGUCCCUGAGCAAGCCUUGGUGUCCUUGAAGGUUCUCUCGUACCUCGCCCAGGCCCGCUGGCUCCUGCUUGGGAGUGCAGAGACUGUCUGGCAGAUUGACAUUGAAAAUGCAUCUGUGAGAGUCGAGAGAGCAGAGUAUGAGUGUGCCGCGCCUUCAGUAGAAGAGGGUGAGGCUCCUCAAGGCUACCUGCCCACGAUGGGACCCCCAUCAAACCUCGUGCAUGGAAUCAGCCCUCCUUCCCGGCACAUCCUCUACCUCAAACCUUACUAUGGAGCGCCUGUCCCCCAGGGCUCAUCCCAGAUGCCCAAGCCUGGUCCCUUGAGACGGGCUCUGCUUGAAGAACUCCAGUUGGAUCUCCAUGUCCUGGAGUUCUCACCCAGUCAAGGGCCCAGAAUCUACCAUGGGGUUCUACGGAGGCCCAAGUGCACGGCCCGAAGACGUCUCUUCUAAGGCUGAUGGGCCAGGAACCCUCAGGCCCCAGACAGGAAUCCGAGAAGUUCUAUUCAGAAUCAAGCACACCUGCUUUUUCAUGGUUUCCCUGCACCUUGGAGGAGAGAGACGCUGCACAGAAAUGCGUUGUCUUUUACCCUGAAACUCUGUUCUGCUUAGAUGCUCUUGAUUUGUAUAAAAGAACAACCUUGAGAUUGGGGAAGAAACUAUUUGCAAAUCUCGUACACAUGCAUGGACUACUCAUACUCAGAGUACAAAAGGAAUUGUCAAAACUCCAAUAGAACAAAUGUUUCUGUUCAAAAGCCAGCACAAUGAAUGAACAGACAUUUCCUCCAAGGGGAUGUAAAAGACCCACUUCAAAAAGUGUUCAACAUCCCUCCCCUGGGGAAAUGUGCAUCGAAUAUGCCUUGAAAUCCAACCAAGAAGCUCGUAGAGAAGCCGCCGUGACCAUGACUGCCCAUCCCAAGGGCUGCAGAACAUGUGGAGAAGCUGGAACACUCUGAUGGUGCUGGCUGGAAUCCGAAUGGGACCACCGUCAGGGCUGAAACAGUUUUACUGAUUCAUAAUCAAUGAAAUAGGCACUUAGCAUUGGAACCAUCUUUCCCACCUUGAGAUGGUUGUUCUAAAGAAAUUAGAGCUCACCUUGCCAAAGUGAGGGCAGAGGUUUCUAGCGUCUGUCUCCACCAUCACCAGAAGAUGGAAGGGACUUUAAAGUCAUUCAGCAGUGGAUAGAAACAGGAACAGUGACCCAGUCUUUCAAUGGGGUGCAAUUCAGCAAUAAAUGGGAUGGGAUUUUUGUUUGUAAAUUUAGUUUUGGGUAGCGAGUAAGUUGUUGGAACACUUGAAGGCAUGUAUGGACUCUUAGGCUAUGUGAAACUUAUCCUGAGAUUGUAACUCUCACGAAAUUGACAUGCACGUCAAGCACGUGUGAUCAAAAUUCAGUUUCCAAUUGAGGUUUGUUGUACCGGUAAAACACAUACAAGAUUGUGUAGCUGAGAAUGCAGUAUGGUAGCACUGGGCUACAAAAACAUUGUAGCAUUGUAGCAAUGAAGCACUGUAUCUCAUUCAUCGUUGGGAUGUAGAUUGUAUUGCUGUUGUUUAUAUCUGCAUUACUUAGGUUAAAUAAAAAUGUUAAAAGUGAUUUUUACCUAUUUGCGUUUAUAUUCUCUACUGUGUUUGCUCAAAAAUUUCCAUUUCUGGCUGGGAACGGUAGCUCACACCUGUAAUCACAGCACUU